GCCGCCUGCCCUCAUUAAUUCUCGGCAUUAGCGCGAGAGAGGGGGGAGUGGUUUUGGGGGGGGGGGAUGAACCGCGCUCGGUAAUUUCCGUCAGCCAAUCGGGUCGCGUCAACCGCCGCUCGCGGUGACCUCGCCGCCCAGUCGAGGCCCGGUUUAAAAUCGUACAACGUAUGGGCGGGAGGAAGGGGGGGGGUGGGGCAGCCUCGGGCCGAAUCGCUCGGCCGCUCGGUUUAUCCGCUCUGGGAAAUCUACGCGGCAUUUCCGCCGCGUCGUCACGUUUUCCCUCCGCCGUGCUCCGCCCGCCCGUCCGCCCCCCCUCCCCGCCGCCAGUCGCGGCCGCAUCACCGCCGCGGCUCGCGGUGAUAAGGCGAGCGGGGAAAGUAGGGCCCUGAGGCCUGGGGCCCCCGCGCGCACGGGAAUCGCGAAUUUAAGGCGAAUUUAGUUGAAGCGUCGCCACCAAUGCCAUUCGCGCUCAAGUAGGGGGACGUAAGAAGACUCGGACACCGCCGGAGCGUCGCGUUUGAAGAUCCUUAGCGUCCACUGUGAAGUGGUAUGCUGCAUAUCUUUGGCAGCUCCAGUCUGUGCCUCUACAGUGAUCAGGGCGGGCGUGUCCACACGAAGCCGCCGAGACACAAAAGCGGCGGCAGCAGGGCGGCGAGGCGAGCGAUGGCGCAAGAAGCGAACCGCUCGCAGGGCCCCAUGCUGUGCACCAUGGGCUGCGGUUUCUACGGGAACCCACGCACCAACGGCAUGUGCUCCGUGUGCUACAAGGAGCACCUGCAGAGGCAGAACGCUGGCGGCAGACUCAGCCCCACAGCCACAAGUCCCGGGAACAGCGGUGCCGUCGCGGUCGCUCAAGCAGCGGCCGACAGCCUCGCGUCGUCGACGGCAACCGUUGCCGUGGCAGCUGCGGUGUCGUCACCUUCAUCGGUCGCUCCAGCGACGAGUGGCAGUGCCUCUCCGUUGCCAGCUCCAUCACCAUCGCCAUCUUCAACGUCAUUGUCAUCUGCUGCUGCUGCUGUUGCCGCCGCCGCCACUGCCGCCUCUUCCGCGGUGAUGACUGGCACCGCCAUGGCAACGGCAAACAUGAUGGCGACGGCGGCGCGGGGGGAAGGUAGCCCCGCGGUGAUGUCGACGCCACAACAGGAGCCCUCGCAGGCGGAGGCUCCCUCACCCGGGGUCUUUGGGUCUCCCAGCAGCCCCAUCACAAGCCAGCCCUCACCUGUCAGUUCCCGCAUGACGGCCAUGACCCUGGUGGCCGACGGCGAGGACGUGGUCACCACCGACCAACCUGUGGCCGCCGCCACCUCCGCCGACCUCAGCGCGUGCACCCUCGGGGAUCUGGACGGCGCCGAGGGUUCGCCAGACAGCGCCGACAAGCCCCGGCAGCAGAAGAAGAACCGCUGCCACACCUGCAGGAAGAAGGUCGGCCUCACCGCAGGAUUUGAGUGUCGCUGCGGAAACCUGUUCUGCGGCCUGCACCGCUACUCGGACAAACACGAGUGUUCGUACGACUACAAGUCGGAGGCGGCCGAGAAAAUCCGCAAGGAGAACCCCAUCGUAGUGAGCGAGAAGAUCCAGAAGAUUUGAAACGGUGGCGGCGAUGCCAUCGGGUUGGGGGGGGGUGGGACACACGCCAAGGGAACAAUCGCACGUGCACCCGGGGGCCAGGAGGACGAGUCGCGACCUCCUCCCUUCUGAGCCGCCUCCACCAAUCACUCGUUAUGGGGUGGUGGGAGGGAGUUGGUGUGUGUUGGGGGGGGGAGGGAGGAGGGGUGGUGGAAGAUGAGUGCCAUUUCAGCCAGUCUUCACCUCCUUGCGCUGGGGACACGUUUUGGUUUAUUUUAAUUUUUGUUUUUUUUGACCGGCAUGCAUUACAAGGUGCCCAGGCAUGCUCGCACUGGAAUCCGUUGAAGAUAAUAAAGCGUCGAGGAUGUUUGGCUUGUUCCCAACUAUUACUUUCUUCACCACCCCCCCCCCCUCAACUUUUAUUCUUUUUUUUUUCCUGUUGGUUUAUUUUGAAUCAAGUACCAUCAGUUUUAAACAAAUUUAAGUGAAAACGGUAGGUUUGUUUCUGUUUUACGUCGCCGGAACACGCUUGUGUACGCGCCCGGCCGCCCGCGCCGUGACGGGAAGGGCCCUGGAGAUUUUCCGACUGCGCGACUCCUUGCGGGGCCGUUUUCCCGUGCACAGCGACGACCGAAAACUUGACUAUUAAAAGGGGAAGAAGCGGGGGGGGGCCGCCUUGCGAACUGCAGGGUGGGGGGGGGGGGGGGGAGCCCAGGAACGGGGAGGCGCCAUCAUCACGUGGAGCACUAUCACCGGCCAGCUUUCACGCCAGCGUCCAUCGAUUUGUGCAACUCCCGCAGUUGGAAACAUCGCGUGGCUGGUGGCAAGGGAACGUUUUUAGCUCGGACGGCAAGCAGGGGCUUGUGGCGCGUGAGGUUUGUACGUCGGUUGCGGUGCUGUGAGAAAUAAAGGACUUGCUCGCACAUCUUAUUUAGCACGUUGCGCGGAAUAAUGCCCCGUUACAACAGACCCCCCCCCCCCCCCCCCCCCGCUGGAAGAUGGAACGGUGAUACAUUUGUCAGAGUUUUCCCUUGCGCUGGGUUGAGCGGAGGGCAAAGGGCUUGUGUUUGGCCAAGCAGCGGGGUUCUAGCAUUAGGCAGUUUCACCAGCAGCCGCGUCUCGUCGCGAUAAUGCAUUAGCUCGUUAAUACAAAAGUAACUAUGAUAAUCGAGUGAUGAGCAAGGUUGGGCUCCGUCCCAUGCCUAACUCUUCCAGUUGUUCCUGCAUGCGACAGACUUGUACAUUUUAGGCAGACGGCGGUAAUGAUAGCAGUGAAGAGUACAAGUUAAUUACAGCAAGUGACAAACAAAUAAGAUAAACUAUAUCAUGAAUAUUGGUUAUAAUGGCUUCAAGUUUAGCAAAUCUGCUGGACUCUGCUCCACGAGACGAUCCACGGUUGUGUGAGAGUCGACGGCGAUCCUCCAUAGGUUUGGACGUCGGCACAACGGCCUAAUGGUGUCUCCUUCCAACCGGAGCGAGGCUCGCAUGGAUUUUGUGUGUUUUUCCCCCCCACCCCCACCCCCAUUUCAUUGGUUGAGUGAUUUUCGUUUGUUUUAAAUUUGCUUGAGAAAUGGAAAUUCAGUGUACGUUAUAUAUGUUAAUAGUAUACCCGCUGUGCUCUCGUC